GAUCAAAGUUGCUAAGAUGUGUCCACAUCGAGGAGUCUUUCUGCUGCAGGAUGCUUGGCAUGGUCAAGGAAACCAAGCCUGAAUCGGGGAGGGGGGGAUGGUAGAGAUGAGGGGUUCCUUCAUGAGCCAGAGGCAGCGGCUAGCUGAGCACAAGAGGAAAGGCUUGGGACCCGGAGCAUAGCUGAGCCUUGUUCCUGCUGGGUCAUCUGAUUCACAGUUCCCACAUUCCUCAACUUUUUUCCUGGCGGGCCAUGGCCCAGAAGCUGUGGGCAACCCGGCUGCUACGGCAUCGGAAAACCCAACUCCUACUUGUCAAUCUGCUGACCUUUGGCCUAGAAGUCUGUCUGGCUGCAGGGAUCACCUAUGUACCACCUUUGCUGCUGGAAGUUGGGGUGGAGGAGAAGUUUAUGACAAUGGUCCUAGGCAUUGGCCCUGUCCUGGGCCUGGUAUCUGUCCCCUUCCUGGGCUCUGCCAGUGACCACUGGCGUGGGCGCUACGGACGACGCCGACCCUUCAUCUGGGCCCUGUCCCUGGGUGUGCUGUUGAGUCUCUUUCUCAUUCCUCGAGCAAGUCGCCUGGCUGGGCUGGUGUAUCCAGAUGCUCGGCCCCUGGAGCUGGCACUGCUGAUCCUGGGUGUGGGACUGCUGGACUUUUGUGGUCAAGUGUGCUUCACCCCACUGGAGGCUCUGCUCUCUGACCUUUUCCGAGAUCCAGACCAUUGCCGCCAGGCCUUCUCUGUGUACGCCUUCAUGAUCAGCCUGGGGGGCUGCCUGGGAUAUCUCUUGCCAGCUAUAGACUGGGAUGCCAGUGUCUUGGCCCCUUACCUGGGCACCCAGGAAGAGUGUCUCUUUGGCCUGCUUACCCUCAUCUUCCUCACCUGCAUGGCAGCCACGCUGCUGGUGGCUGAGGAGGCAGCCCUGGGCUCGUCAGAGCCCCCUGAGGGGCUCCCAGUACUCGCUGCACCUUCUCGUUGCUGCCCGUGCCGGGCCCGCCUCGCAUUCCGAAACCUGGCCGCCAUGCUGCCUCGCCUCCACAGGCUUUGCUGCCGGGUGCCCAGAGCUCUGCGUCGGCUCUUUGUGGCCGAGCUGUGCAGCUGGAUGGCCCUCAUGACUUUUACUCUCUUCUACACUGACUUUGUAGGUGAAGGACUGUAUCGGGGUGUGCCUAGGGCUGAGCCUGGCACUGAUGCCCGGAGACACUAUGAUGAAGGUGUGCGUAUGGGCAGCCUGGGGCUCUUCCUGCAGUGCAUGAUCUCCUUGCUCUUCUCGCUGGGUAUGGACCGACUCGUGCAUCGCUUUGGGACCCGGGCAGUGUACCUGACCAGCGUGUUCGCCUUCCCAGUGGCUGCUGGUGUGACGUGCCUGUCCCAGAGCGUGGCUGUGGUGACUGCUUCAGCUGCCCUCACAGGCUUCACAUUCUCUGCCCUGCAGAUACUGCCUUAUACCCUGGCUUCACUCUAUCACCGUGAGAAGCAGGUAUUUCUGCCCAAAUACAGGGCAGACACUGGCAGCAAUAGCAGUGGUGACAGCCUGACCACCAGCUUCUUGGCAGGCCCCAAAGCUGGGGGACCUUUUACUAAUGGACAUUCAGGGGCUUCCAGUACCAGCCUCUUUCCUUCUUCACCCCCACUGUGUGGGACAUCCCCUUGUGAUGUGUCGGUGAGGAUGGUAGUUGGGGAGGCAGCUGAGCCUGGGGGCCCAGGCCGGGGCAUCUGCCUGGACUUAGCCAUUCUGGAUAGUGCCUUCCUUCUCUCUCAGGUGGCGCCAUCUUUGUUCAUGGGCUUCAUCGUCCAACUGAGCCAGUCAGUCACAGCCUACAUGGUGUCGGCAGCAGGCCUUGGGGUGAUAGCCAUCUAUUUUGCCACUCGGGUGGUAUUUGACAAAAGUGACUUGGCCAAGUGUUCCAUCUAGGUGUCUCCUGACCCCUGGGAGAAGGGCCAGAUCGAGAGCCUGCCCCUUCUCCCCUUCUUUGACAUCUUUCUCCUUCCCUCCAUUUCUGCAUCUGUCCUUCCCACUCCCACCUGGUCCAAGACUUGGGUUGGGAACUGCUGAGAAUAACAGCUGAGCCCACCUAGGGUUUCUCUCUCCCCUCCCCACUGGGCGUCUGUGACCCCGUUCCUGUCACUGCCAAAGUGAGGUGGGUUGUGAAGCGCUUAUCUGAAGAGAUGAUUGAUGAGCAGGGGCCUGGUGCCUCUGGGACUCACACUCUCCCUUUCUCGAAGCAGAGGAGCUGGGGAGCCCAGGGUAGCUGUGGCUGGUUUCCUGGCUGACCUAAUAAGCCUUAAGUGCUGGCUUCUAGUUGGGGGGUUUGGGGUACUUGGUGGGAGAAGGUGCUUACUGGGGGGCUUCAUGUUAACUCUCUGGGAAACACCUGAGUCUACAGGACCUGUGGGAUAAGAGCUAAGGUCCAGAGUCAGGACAGAUGAGAAAGAGAGAUUAUUUGCAGGGUGAUCAAACCAAAGAGGCCAGCUUCUCCUCUUCCUCAUCCCACCCCAACUCCUCCCCACAAAUCUGUCUAAUGCUCCUCUUGUCUGCGCUUGGGGGUUUCUGCUCCUGAGGCUGCUACUACUCAGGAAGUUUUAGCCUGAAAUUGUCCCCUGCCCCCAACCCCAGGAUUGGAAAAUGUGAAACAAAAUCUUUUUUUUUCUGAGUCUUUUGCCCAGACCCUACUGCUGUCCUUUCUGCUGCUUUCUCCACCACCCCGUCCCACCCUGCAUUUGAUCAAUACCUGGAAACUCUUCCUCAUUCCAUUGGGCAGGGCUUGGGUUUCUGUGUUUAAUACCAGUACUGUAACACAGGUCUUUAAACAUUUGACUUAUUUACUGGAGUAGGAGGCUGUUACUAACUCACUAUCCAGUGGGCUUAGUAUAUUAGAUCUUUCAGGGCUUGGUCCCCUGUUGGUUGAGCCAAGCCGGUCAUUGCUAGGUUCUAAAAACUAAAGAUGUUUAUUACUUA